AUGAAGUCUUUUGUCACCUCCGGUGAUAUACCCAUCGGGUACACCACCCCCAAGUUUCCAUCUUUGUAUUGGCCCCUGAACAACGAAAAAUACACACUAUCCUACUUGUACUAUACCAAUGAUAUAUGGAAAUACACGGUGUUCUGGACUCUGAUACUGUUCAUGGCAUUCUACUUUUCCGCCGGGCUAUGGGCCAGUUUUUCACACCGCAGAACCGCCGGUGGCCUUUGGAUCAUGGCUUUCUACAUAUUAGUUGGUGGAUUUCAAGCUUUGGCCACGGGUACCGUCUCGGGACUAAUCCUCGCAGUAACCUACAAAGCAGGACUCUUUGCUAUGUCAACAUGGAUCCCACUAUGCUGUGCUAUCGUAAUGAUCUUGUUCCAUGUCAGCACAACGUAUUCAAUGGCUGGAAUUAUCAUCUAG